AUGACCACACCAGUUGCAAUAUCAAACAAAUCGUGCCUUUGUGGAUACGAUUCAUCAUCCGGUGGAGGAGGCCGCAUGAGCACUCAAUUGAAUACUAGCAGUCGCAAAAGGACACUCCCAGGGGUUUCCAGUUAUGAAGACAUGCUAAUGGAUGGCAUGAAGCAUCUCUCUUUCGAUCAGAUUCAGCAUGAACAAGAAUUGCUUCAUGGAGUUGCGGAUCACGUUGACCUGGACGACAAUAAGAUCAACGAGCUGUUCCUUGAGUUAGCUUCACAUCUUAAUCGUAUGAAGAAAGGGACCGCCUACGAAACAGCAGAAAAGCAAGACCAAUCCUAUGUAUCCAAUCGGGAACUUCAGUUGGCUUUCUUACGAGCUUGUCAUUUCGAACCAAGAGCUUCAGCUGAGAAACUGAUCAAGUUUUUCACCUACAAACAGGACCUCUUUGGUGAAAGCAGCUUGGUUCGUGCCAUCACUGCGCAAGAUUUGAACCAAGAUGAUUUGAGCUGCUUAUUGGAAGGAUUUUGCCAGUUCUGCCCGUUUCGAUCGAUCAGGACGAAUGAUCCAUUUGGAGUUCCCAGGCGUUCGAUCAAAGACGAGUGUCCGCACUGA